CGGUUUUGUCAAACCGCCCUCUCGUGGCGUGGAGUGCCGUCAAACGCCUCACUGGUCACGUGAUCACACCGGGCACGUGCUGCGGUCGCUGUCAAAAAAAAAAAACAACUAAAAAUUCCAUCAGUUUGUUGAACGUUCCCCAAGAUGGCGGACGUGAGAGUGCGCGAGGAGCUGAGGUCGACGACCAAUAACAGGAAGCUGAACAGCUCUUAUGAAGAACCAGCAUUUGGUUCCCCCAGUAAAGAUGAACCAAAGCUCCUGGCAGUGCCGUUUUGCGGGAGUAUUCGAGGUGGGAUGCGACCGGGGAAGAAACUCACCAUCAUGGGCAUCGUGGAUCCUGAGCCAGAUGGGUUUGACAUCAGUCUGACGUGUGGGUGUGAUGAUGUGGCGCUAGAGGUCAGCGCGAGGUUCGAGGAUCGUCAUCUGCUGAGGAACGCACACGUGGCCGGCUCGUGGGGGGAGGAGGAGACGGCCAUCCCCUUCUUUCCCUUCCUCGCAGGACAGCCGUUCAGGUUGGAGAUUCACUGCGAUCACCAGCGGUUCCAUGUGUUUGUGGAUGGACAGCCUCUGUUCGAUUUCUAUCACCGUGUGCACUCACUGAUGUCUAUCGACACCAUCCAGAUUAAUGGCAGCCUGAGCAUCACAAAACUGAACUGAGACGAACAGGCAGACUCACUCUCUCACUGUGUGUGUGAGAGAUAAAGUGAGAGAGAGAGACACACACACACACACACACACACACACACACACAGCUGGACCUCUGCUCUGUAAGAGUGAGGGAGAACAUUACUCAAAAACAGAUUUUGAUCAUAAGAGACCAGCUUCAGAGGCACGUGGAAGGACUGGAAUAAUCCUCAUCCUCUCAGUGCCGUGUUUGUACUUUAGAAGUUUUCUUUAUAUAUACACAAAUAAAGAUAACGUUCAUGGCUGACCCUAAAGAAAGAGAACAGGAUGUCAGUAUUAGUGUACUGGAGAAAAAGAAAACAUUAGGACCGGGUUAAUGCAACUCGGUGUUAACUUAAGACUCUAAAGCCCACGGACAUGUGAGUGGAAAUUAGCACACAACGGAACACAAGCUCAUAAUAAAGUUAAGAUUUGUUUAAACUCAAAGGAGGAUUAAGAUCAGGACUGUUGUACUGAUCUACACUACAGCGCUUCACCAGUAGGGGGCGCACUGUGUAACCUUUAGAGAGGACCAGGUCCAUUGGGAAUAUAAACAUUGAGUUUUUUCCUCUUUUCCCUUUAAGUCAUACUAAUUUCUGGUCCAAAAAUGUUAACAAUAUGACAGAACUGAAUACUAAUACAGAACACCCCCCACCCCCACCCCACCCCCUGGCUCAAGUGCCUUGGAAGCUUUACGACAGUUAGAGACCUUUAUAUAUAUAAAACCAUGUUUCAAUGUUGUUUUUUAUUAUUAUUUUUUAUUUGCGCUCCAGCUGUGAGAUUUUGUGGCAGAUUAUGAAGCAAAAAAAACUCUUUACAGCACUCCAGACAUUCCAACUACAGAAGUAUGACGAGAAAAUUGAUCAAAUGAAGACAUUUCUUUGUUAAGAAUUUUGUGCUUAUCUUUUUUUAAUACUUCUGUGUUCAUGUUUAUUUAUUUUGAAUUCACAUGUGAAUUAAAGCCUUCUCAUCAA